CUUUGUCUGCAGCACAGAAGAUAAAUCACCAUGGGCAACUUUCAUCCGACCAUUAAGCAUCAUCAUGGCUCCAGUGCAGAAAGAGACGCCAAGAAACUGCAAAAGGCCUGCAAGGGAAUGGGAACAGAUGAAAAAGCAAUUAUUGAAAUCCUAGCAAACAGAACGUCAGAUCAGCGACAAGAAAUUAAACAAAAAUAUAAGACCUUGUAUGGCAAGGAUUUAGAUAGCGUACUAAAAGGAGAGCUGAGUGGAAACUUUGAGAAAACAGCUUUAGCGCUGCUGGACCGACCAUGUGAAUAUGAUGCCCGAGAACUCAGGAGCGCAAUGAAGGGAGCUGGAACUGAUGAGUCAUUGUUGAUACAGAUAUUAUGUACAAGGGCCAAUAAGCAAAUAGUUGCCAUUAAAGACGCAUACACAAAAUUGUUUGACAGAAAUUUGGAAUCAGAUAUUAAAAGUGAAACAAGUGGAUCCUUCAGGAAAAUACUUGUAUCGUUACUGCAGGCAAACCGUGAUGAAGGCCUUAAUAUUAACGAAGAACUGGCUGGUCAGGAUGCCAAAAACUUGUAUGAAGCAGGAGAAGGUCGAUGGGGCACAGAGGAGUUGGAAUUUAAUGUUGUUCUAGCAACAAGAAACUACAUGCAAUUAAGAGCCACCUUUAAAGCGUAUGAAAUUCUCCAUAAAAAAGACAUUGAGGAUGUAAUUAAAAGUGAAACAUCUGGAAACUUGAAGAAAGCUUAUUUAACAAUAGUAAGAGUCACAAAGGACUGUCAGGGCUACUUUGCUGAGAAACUGAACAAAGCCAUGAAAGGAGCAGGGACUAAUGAGGCUUCAUUAAUACGCAUUCUUGUGACCAGAGCUGAGAUUGAUCUUGAGACAAUCAAGGAACGGUACCAGCAAUUGUUUCAGAAGAGCUUAGCUGAUGCUAUCAAAUCUGAUACAUCUGGAGAUUUCUGCAAACUGCUCCUGGCUCUGCUACAUUAAGUAAACUCUUCUUGUAUUUCUGUGUUCUAUACCAAAAAAAAGAAAACCAGUCCGCACAGCAAAACGUCUUAAUGACCACUUUAUUUACUUUACCCCUUAUUAAAAUUAUUAAACCUUUAAAAAAAAAUGGGUUUUAUAUUGAGUUACAGUUUAUCAAAAUUGCAUCUUCUCAGCCUCUUUAUUUGGAUGAAAUCAGGAAUGUUUGGCGCAUUUGACAUGUACAUAUUAUAGUUGGAUAAUAACAGUUUUUAGUUUACCAGUUUAUUUUUUAAAGGCACACUACAAUAAAUGUUUAUGUAUGUUUGCAUAUUAUGUAAACACUGAAUC